CUGUAAUAAAAGUGAGAUCUCUCUCUCUCUCUACACUCGACUAGUGACUUUCUAGGAAGAUUUUUCCGGAGCUCUCCAGACACUAGAACUUUAAUAAUGGAGAAAGAACCCAAUCUUCCCCCAUAUCCUGGUCCUCCGGUGGACCAAACCAACAUGCCUAACAUGCCCAACCAAGUACAACCAGUUGCAUACCAACCUCAACCAGUUUAUCCACCUCAACCCACACAGAGCUUUCCAAUGACUUCAGCCACUGUGGCUCCAGCAGCCCAUUCUGCAUCAGCACCAGUCACAGUCACGCAGGUAGUGAUGGUGUCACCGGGUCUAGCCGAUGUCCCGGGACAGAUGAAAUGCCCUCACUGCCAGCAGCAGAUUGUCACCGAGACCAGAUAUGUCAACGGCCUGCUUAGCUGGGCCAUCUGUGGAGUUCUUGGCCUUCUAAUGAUCUGGCCGUGUUGUUUGAUUCCGUUCUUUGUGGAUUCCUGCAAAGACGUAGAGCAUUGCUGUCCAAACUGCAAGAGAGUCGUCUUCCUGUACAAACGCAUGUAAUUCACUCUGUAGCAGCGAAAAUCCAAACUAAAAUCCAGGCUGUCCAUGAGGGGUUUUAGUGGUUUUAUCAUGUACUUUGACACUUUUACACAUCUGUCAGCUUCACUUUACCACAAACCACCACAUGGGUCUGCAUCCACCACAGUCCAGCUCAUGAAGGUCCUGAUCAAGUGUUACGCAGCAAAGACCUAUGCAUUAUUUCUUCAUGCUUUUCUUUGCUUAAACAUUAGAUGGCACACUAGCUUCUAACCAGCAACAUUGCCUGUACUCACUGCCGCGAUGGUUGCUCAUCCCUUGUUAUCAUUGUAUUUCACUUACAAAAUAACUAUUUUAUAAAAACAUCAUUGUUCACAUCAUGUCACAAGAUGGUCCUGUAUAACAGCAAAAUAAAAGACUAAACCCACACUGACAAA